AUGAGAAAUAAGGUGAAACUUGCUUUCAUGAUAAAUGAUUCUGCAAGAAAGAUAACUUACAACAAAAGAAAAAAGAGUCUAAUGAAGAAGAUAAAAGAACUCACUACCCUUUGUGGAAUUGAUGCAUGUGCUAUAGUUUAUAGUGACUUUAAUUCACAACCAGAGGUUUGGCCUUCCCCAUGGGAGAUCGAAAGGAUUAUCACAAAGUUCAAAGCUUAUUCAGAAUAUGAGCAAGGAAAGAAGAUGUUGGACCAAGAGAGUUUUUUGAUGCAAAGGAUUGUGAAGUCCAAAGAGCAAUUGACAAAAGUGGAGAAAAACAAUUCAGAGAUGGAGCAGUCAUUGAUCUUGUUUCAAUGUCUUAUUAGAGAAAAUUUUAUUUACACUUUGAACACAGUUGUUUUGAAUGAUUUGGCAUGUGUAAUUAAUGAGAAGUUGAAGGGAAUUAGUUUAAGGGAGGAUGAAUUAGACAAAAAUGCUUCAACAAUUUAG